ACACACACCCACCUCCAGACAGACAACACAGGCUGCAUAAACAAAGGAGCAGACCCACACUCUACAGAAAACCUGAAGACAUGUUUAAGAAAGUUUAUAAAUGGACUAACAAUACAUUAUAGUGUGCUAAAACUAACACGAACAUGAUAAUAUUUAAAAACCGUUUACCUUUCUCAUUAAGGUUACAUUAACAUUACUUUUGAGAACCGGUUCUACCUGUAGGCCUACCUGCACUGCGCCGUUAUAUUUCUGCGCAUGCGCAACCUCACCUGGCGGCUUCCUUGUUAUAUGGAAAGUAAUAGUUGAAUUGCGGAUAACUGCAGAACUGUGGGUUGCGAGAGGAUCCGCUUAAAACAUAUCUUGGAACAUAAAUCAUUCGCUAGCGUUUUCGAAAAUGCCUCGCGCAUUCCUGGUCAAAAAAGUGAACAUCGCUGCUGAAAAAAGAAGCUGGAGUGAGAUUCCGGAUUCCGCGCGAGGGGACGUUUACAUACCUGAGUCCAUUUUUCCACCAUACGUGCAUGAAGUCUCGGAGGGCAGCAUUGCAGAGUACUCCUGCUUCACAACUGCACAAAAAAACAACAAAUUUCUACAGGUUCAGUCACGUGUGUUGUCUGCACAGCUGCCAUCUUCUGCUGCACAGGGUCAACCUGAUCAAAAGCCAGAAUGCCACAUGAGGACCCAAAAAGUGCCUUGCAUGCGCUCAAAGAUAAAGAUAACUACAGGUAAUAUGCCAUCUCCAGUCAUUCCAGAUAAUGCAAACAAAUUAGCAGAUAUUCCACCCGCUGCAUCAGUGUUGUCCUGCCAGGUGUGCCAGAAGACAUUCACUACAGCACGUAUGCUGAAACGCCAUGUGAAGUGCCAUAGUGAAACAAAAAAGUACUCUUGUGAGCACUGUGGAAAAGGAUUUAAUGAUGCUUUUGACUUGAAGAGGCAUGUACGCACUCAUACGGGUGUGAGACCCUAUAAGUGCAAUUUGUGUGUUAAAGCCUUCACUCAGCGGUGCUCCUUAGAAUCUCACCUGAGGAAGAUCCAUGCCGUUACUCAACAAUAUGCCUACAAAGAGCGUAGGGACAAAUUAUAUGUGUGUGAAGAGUGUGGCUUGACUGCACAGACACGGAACGGUCUGCAGAAUCAUCUCCAAGCUGAACAUCCACAGAGACUCAUAACGACAAAAAGCCACCAUAAACUGAGAGGUUACACAUCUGGAGGUAACACAUCACCAUGUUCACCUGAAACCCCCAUAAAGUGCUGA